AAAGAACUAACGCCCGACAGAACCAGCAAGCGAGCAUAAGGAAUGCUUUACUCUUUCCAGACAAGAAGGCAGGGAUUUGGGAGGAAGUGAACUCUGAGAUGACCUCUGUGAAGAUAACAGACUGACACUCACGACCCUUGUCUGUCUGGGCCUAUCUUCAACAUUAAAGGCUGCAUCCCCACACUGAGCAAGAGUGAGACACCUGUGGCUCAGAAAAGAAAGAGAGAAGAGAGAGGCUGAGAGAAGACAGAGAGAUGUGAUUGCUGGCAUCAUUUCACCUGAACAGAACACCAGGCUCUGUGCCUAUCCUUAUGCCUGGAUCUAGCACCAGAACUGGAAAUUAUUUAAGCUGAGGAGAACAGGAGAUGGAGAAAACUAGUGGAAGAAAGUUCAUUGCUGCGUCCACAGUGGAGACUGGCAUAGAGAAUCCAGGGCUGGAGCUCAUGGAAGAGGCAGUAAACCCUGAGGGGAGCAGAACUGAAACUCAAGGACACAGCCUUGGGCAUGGGCUGGGCCUGCCCUCUCACCAGAGGAGCAAUCUACAGCCUUUCGUCAAGGCAAGAAGUUUCUACAAAACACAUGCCAGCUUGUUCAAGAAGAUCCUUUUGGGCCUGCUGUGUUUGGCCUAUGCUGCCUAUUUCCUCGCAGCUUGCAUCUUGGAUUUCCAGAGGGCACUGGCCUUGUUUGUCUUCACCUGUUUGGUGAUCUUUGUCCUGGUUCACCACUUUCUGAAAAAGCUCUUUGGUAAAAAAUUAACAAGAUGUCUAAAGCCCUUUGAAAACUCCUGCCUGAGGCUCUGGAUUAAAUGGGUGUUUGCAGGAAUCUCCUUGGUUGGCCUUAUACUGUGGUUGGCUCUAGACACAGCCCAAAGGCCGGAGCAACUGAUCUCCUUUGCAGGAAUCUGCAUGUUCAUCCUCAUUCUCUUUGCCUGCUCCAAACACCACAGUGCAGUGUGCUGGAGAACAGUAUUUUGGGGCUUGGGUCUUCAGUUUGUCUUUGGGAUCUUGGUCAUCAGAACUGAUCCUGGAUUUAAUGCAUUUCAAUGGCUGGGAAAGCAGAUCCAGAUUUUCCUGAACUACACUGUGGCUGGCUCCAGUUUUGUCUUUGGGGAUAUGCUGGCCAAGGAUGUCUUUGCUUUCCAGGCCUUGCCAAUCAUCCUUUUCUUUGGAUGCGUGAUGUCUAUUCUCUAUUACCUGGGUCUUGUGCAGUGGGUAGUUCAGAAGGUUGCCUGGUUUUUACAAAUCACCAUGGGCACUACUGCCACAGAGACCCUAGCUGUGGCAGGAAACAUCUUUGUGGGUAUGACAGAGGCACCUCUGCUCAUCCGUCCCUACCUUGCAGACAUGACCUACUCUGAAAUUCAUGCGGUGAUGACUGGAGGGUUUGCCACCAUUUCAGGCACUGUGUUGGGAGCCUUCAUAUCCUUUGGGAUUGAUGCGUCAUCCUUGAUUUCUGCCUCUGUGAUGGCUGCCCCUUGUGCUCUUGCCUUAUCAAAGCUUGUGUAUCCAGAAGUGGAAGAAUCCAAGUUCAAGAGUGAGGAGGGGGUAGAACUGCCUCCUGGGAAGGAGAAGAAUGUCCUGGAAGCAGCCAGCAAUGGAGCUACAGAUGCCAUAGGUCUGGCUGCUAAUGUAGCAGCCAAUCUGAUAGCCUUUUUGGCGGUAUUGGCCUUCAUCAAUGCAGCUCUCUCCUGGCUGGGGGAAUUGGUGGACAUACAGGGACUCACUUUCCAGGUCAUCUGCUCCUAUGUUCUAAGGCCCUUGGUUUUCAUGAUGGGAGUAGAGUGGACAGACUGUCCAAUGGUGGCUGAGAUGGUGGGAAUCAAGUUCUUCACAAACGAGUUUGUGGCCUAUCAGCAACUGUCUCAAUAUAAGAACAAACGCCUUUCUGGAGUGGAAGAGUGGAUUGAGGGCAAGAAACAGUGGAUUUCUGUAAGAGCUGAAAUCAUUACAACAUUUUCCCUGUGUGGAUUUGCCAAUCUUAGUUCCAUAGGAAUCACACUAGGAGGCCUGACAUCAAUGGUACCUCACCGGAAAAGUGACUUUUCCAAGGUUGUGGUCAGUGCUCUCUUCACAGGGGCCUGUGUAUCCCUUAUCAGUGCCUGUGUGGCAGGAAUCCUCUAUGUCCCCAGGGGAGUUGAAGCUGACUGUCUCUCCUUCUUAAACACAAGUUUCAGCAAUAGAACCUAUGAGACCUAUGUGUGCUGCAAAGAGCUCUUUCAGAGUACUUCUCUGAAUGGCACCAACCCUCCUUCUUUUUCUGGUCCCUGGGAAGACAAGGAGUUCAGUACCAUAGCCCUUGCUAACUGCUGUGGAUUCUACACCAACACCAUCUGUGCCUAAGGCUGCUAAGUCCAUUUCCAUAACAGUUUUGAUUUUAACAGCUUUUUGAUGGCAAAGGUGUUUACAUACUCAGGGUUCCACUCUAUAAAUAACUCCCCAAAACCUUUUUUUAAAAUUUCAGAUUAAUAUGAGGGUAUAAAUGAUUAGGUUGCAAUGUUUACAUUUGUUAGGUAAUGUCCAUAUUGCACACCCAGGAGGUGUGCCAUAUACCCUUACACUCACCAAGAUCUUUAACAGUAAAUGUCAAAGAUUCAUUUUGGUUCAUUAUAUCCCAAUAAUGAAAAUUAACAUUUGUCUGCCAGUUGGUAAUGCCUGUAAUCCUAGCACUCUGGGAGGCCAAGGCAGGAAGAUCCCGUGAGCUCAGGAGUUCAAGACCAGCCUAAGGAAGAGCAAGAGUCAGUCCCUACUGAAAAUAGUAUAAAUAGCUGGGCCUUGUGGCAGGUGCCUAUAGUCUCAGUUAUUCAGAAGGCUGAAGCAGGAGAAUCACCUGGACCCAGGAGUUUGAGUUGCUGUGAGCUAGGCAAACGUCAUGGCACUCUAGCCUGAGCAACAGAGUGAGACUCUGUCUCUAAAUGAGAAAAAAAAAGAAAAAGAAAAUUAGCAUUUGUCUUUCCAUUACUUGGCUGAACCAAAUAGGAAAUUCCUCACGGGCCCUGCUUGAGCUUUUAUUUGAAAAAAUAAAUAUUACCAUAUCAGUAAGAUCUAGAAUUCUUGCUUCUAGUUGUCAUCUUUAAAAUUAUGUGAUGCAGUGGGCUAUAAAUUUGAUUUAGUAUGUUCCUGGGGCAGGAGGGUAGGGAAGCUAUAUUUCUUGAAGCUAUAUGGAUGAGUGUGGUUUAUAUUACUAAAGUUGCACAUGAAAUGUACAUGAAUAUUUAAUGAUAAAAUUUUCUGUUACCCCUUCUGUGUCUGGAUAUUAUCAUCAGAAAUCCGCAAACUCCUUAACAUCACUACAGAGUAAAUAAAAAAUGUCUUGCAUACAAACUUCUAAGGAUGAUCUAUU